AUGCCACCCCAGGUACAGUCACAAGAGUCGCCAACCUCAGAAAUCGAUGUAGUGCAGUCGUUGAGCCAAGUCAACGACAUAUCGCUUAGUAAAAAGAUGAUAGACGUGAAAAUCGAUGGUCACCCUAUUCGGAUGGAAUUGGACACAGGAGCACCGUGUGGUAUUAUUGCCGAAUCUAUAUUACGCUCAUUCAAGCCCAAGUUCUCACUGCAGAAAGCAGAUAAACAGUUUUCAAGUUAUACCGGUCAUCACAUUACGUGUCUUGGUCGCAUGACUGUGAACGUUUCAGUUGGAUCAAAAACUCGCAGGCUCAAUUUAUACGUAGUUUCUGGAAACACCGACUCGCUAUUUGGUCGUGAAUGGAUACCUCACUUCGUUGAUCAGAUCAAUUUGAAUCGUAUCUUUUCACCAAUAUCAGUGAACUCUGUGACGGGCUAUACUACACAUGAAGCAACUCAGCUUUCCAGGGUGUUAGACAGCUUCGAAGAGAUUUUCAGUGAUGUGCCAGGAAAACUGAUUGGACCUCCAGCUAAAGUACAUCUAAAACCAGGAGUAUCACCAGUCUUUGCUAAAGCUCAUGAUGUGCCCUUCGCAUUGCGUAAUCGUUAUGCGGCAGAAAUAGAAAAAAAAAUCACGUCAGGAUUUUACGAAAAAGUCGAAUACUCCGAGUGGGCGUCGCCGACUCACAUAGUUGUGAAAAAAAAUGGGAAUCUUCGCAUUACUGGUAACUACAAACCAACUGUAAACCCAAGAAUGAUCAUAGACGAACACCCUAUUCCAAAAGUCGAUACCAUAUUCAACAAAAUGAAGGGAGCUACUUUGUUCUGCCAUUUAGAUGUAACCGAUGCCUAUACACAUCUUCCAAUCGACGAAGAAUUUCGUCAUGUUUUGACACUAAACACCACAACGCAUGGGCUGAUUCGCCCUACAAGAGCAGUAUAUGGAGCCGCUAAUAUACCUGCUAUUUGGCAGCGACGCAUGGAAACAGUUUUAAAGGAUCUAGAUAAUGUGGUCAGUUUCUAUGAUGACAUCAUUGUAUUCGCAGAAAAUUUUCAAGCCCUUAUACAGGCUUUGACAACGACACUGAAUAGGAUGAAACAAAAUGGAUUACGACUCAAUCGUGCGAAAUGCGUGUUCGCUACAACGUCGUUAGAAUGUUUAGGCCACAAAAUAGAUCAUAACGGACUACACAAAUCAGACAAGCAUAUAGAAGUCAUUCGUGAUGCACCGUUACCGGCUACUCCAGAAGAACUGCAGCUAUUUCUUGGUAAGGCUACGUAUUACAGUGCGUUCAUUCCAAACUUAUCCACAAGAGCUCGAAGUUUGCGAGAUUUACUCAUGGCAGAAUCUUUCGAAUGGUCUACUGAAGCAAAACGAGCUUACAAAGAUUUAAAAGAAGCCCUUAUUUCGCCACAAGUUCUUAUGCAGUACGACCCAAGUUUACCCUUGGUACUAGCAACAGACGCUAGCAAAACCGGUUUAGGUGCAGUACUUUCACAUCGAUUAAGUAACAGUACAGAACGUCCAAUAGCAUAUGCCAGCACUACAUUGUCUAGCACAGAACAACGAUACCCCCAAAUUGAUAAAGAGGCACUCGCAAUCGUUUGGGCUGUUAAAAAAUUCUUCCAUUAUCUAUAUGCACGUAAGUUUACGCUUAUUACCGACCACAAGCCUCUAGCACAAAUAUUGCAUCCAGAAAAAUCCCUUCCAACGCUUUGUAUCAGCCGUAUGGCAAAUUACGCAGAUUAUCUGGUACAUUUCAACUACGAUGUCGUUUAUAAACCAACACAACAGAAUACUAACGCUGACUACUGUUCCCGACCACCAGUUAAAUCUUUGAAAUCCGCCGAAAAUAAUGAAUCUCCGCAUGAAGGCAAUGAGGACGCAUUCGAGGGAUUCACUUUAAAUGCCAUACAGCAAUUACCGGUAAGAGCAGAAUUAAUAGCACGCGAAACGAAAAAAGAUGCGUAUCUAGGAAAGCUGGUGCAGGAAUUAGAAUCUGGCCGGGAUCUUGCCCAGCAAGGACACAAAGCUCCAGAAUCAAAAUAUACUUUGGUUGCAAAUUGCUUACUAUUCGAACACAGAGUAGUAAUACCACCGGUCCUUCGACAAGCAAUUCUUAACGAUUUACAUGUUGCGCAUAUUGGAGUUGUUAAGAUGAAGGGGUUGGCUCGAUCCUUUGUUUACUGGCCAGGCAUCGAUUCAGACAUCGAACGAACAGCGAAAUCUUGCAGUAGUUGUGCUCGCACGGCACCUGCACCAAACAAGUUCAAUUCACAUCAUUGGGAGUAUCCAAAUGGCCCUUGGGAGCGUAUACACAUCGACUACGCUGGUCCAGUUGCGGAUAAAAUGUUGCUAGUAAUCGUGGAUGCCUACAGCAAAUGGUUUGAAGUAAAAAUUACAACCUCGACAACAACAGCAGCUACAAUACACAUUCUAGAUGAACUUUUUGCUUCUUACGGAGUACCAAUAACAAUAGUAUCGGAUAAUGGUCCUCAAUUUACUGCAGCGGAAUUCAAACUUUUUCUCCAAAAAAAAGGAGUAAAAUAUCAUAAACUUUCAGCUCCAUAUCACCCCGCGACGAACGGCCAAGCUGAACGGUACGUGCAAACGGUGAAACAAGCAUUAAGAGCAAUGGGAACAGCACGAGAUACGCUGAACAGUGACAUAAACGAGUUUUUGCGACAGUACCGAAAAGCUCCACACUCCGAAACCGGAGAAUCUCCUGCGAAAUUGUUUCUAGGCCGAAACAUAAUAACACGACUGGAUCUUGUCAGACCGCAAACACCUAACACUACAGUUACGGAAAAACAACGCACCGCGUUCGAAUCGACGUUUCGUACUUUCAACCCGGGAAAACAAGUCUAUUUUCUAUCAGGAAACACUAGAAUGGACAAGUGGAUUCCAGGUAUCAUUACUGGCCGUGUGGGAGACCUGCACUAUGAAAUUGUUUAUAAUGGAAAAACAUUCAAACGUCACAUCGACCAAAUACGUAAUUUCCUCAGUAGCGAGUGCAAACCGCAGGGCACAAAACAACACGAAACAAACGAUACCAGUCAUAGAGACACGAAGUAG